CGGACCCACGGACUACUGUACACAAUCCACAGGUGACUGCAGCCCAGCCCAGCCCAGCCCAGCCAGCCUCCCCACCACACCACGCCCACCACCGCCGCUGUCGCAGGACCUACCUAGGUACCCACCUACCCACCAACACUGUGCUUCACUGUCUUUCUUGUUUCCCCCGCCGCUGCUGCGUUGCUGUCGCUGCCUCAACACACGGACUCUCUCGACUCGACACCCCCCGGCCAAGCUCAACGCCAGCCAACUCACACCGACACAGCAAUAAACACACGAUAGUUGCUGGCUUGCAAUCUUUAUCUGUCCAACUCCGGUCACGCUAGCCAGCCUGGCAAAUUGCCAACUUUUUUCUCCCUCAUCACGCUCUUUUUCCCACCCCUAAUUCUCUCUUUUACUCUUUUUUGUUGUUGUUGUUGGUGUUCGUUCCCUAUUGGACUCGCUCUCCUGCAUCUCGUCCCGUCGCAUCGCGAUCAAUCGCCGCUGCCGCUGCCGCUAUCACACUCGAACUCCCUCGACCGCCACUCGACCUUGACCUCGACCUCGACCUCGAUCAGGGAUCGACUUGCGCCUGACGCGAUCGAUAACCAUACGCAAACACGCACCCACGACUAUACAUCACAUUCUUUUACCAAUCUUUGCGAACAUCUCCGCCUUCUUUUUGUUCCUGGUGUGGUUUAUACAGCAGCCAGUCAGCAAUGACCCAGGCCUAUUGACGAGACCACGCAACCGAUCGACCGACCGACCGAACGAGCGACCGAAAGACAGACCGACCGACCGUAUCGCCGCCAAGCCCCGACAAUGGUUCGUGUCACGGAAGAGCUGGCUCUGCCCGCCGAGCACCUUACCCUCUACCACGCCGCCGACCCCCUCCUCGGACACCUGCCCGUCCUCCUCUUCCAUGGUCCCUCCACCACGGCAAACUACACCCUCAACAGCUCCCGCGUCCAGAUCCACGUCUACAGCCCCGCCGGCUUCCAGUCCUUCCCGCGCCUGACCAUCCAGCCCAACUCGCCCUUCUAUGCCGUCGUCAACCACCUGCCGCGCGAAUGGCAGGGCGAUGAGACCUACCGCGGCCUCGCUUUCGGCCUCUACAAGUAUUUCCAGGAGCUGCCCGAGGUCGUCAAAAACCACCUGAAGAAUACCUAUCCGACCACGAGGGGGCGUCGCCCGGGAAGCGGCCCGGCCUUGUUCGGUGAGCAGCACGCCGCCGACCUCGCCAAGAACAUGGUUAGGAGCGAAAACACCGCCGAGGUCCUCGAGACCCUGCAGAUCUCCCUCCAGACUCAGCACCUGAGCAACGUGGACCUCGACUUUGUUAUGCCCCCCGGUUCCAUUAUACCGCUGCAACCCCAGGACUUGGAUGAGGUGCCCGAGGACGAGGACGAGUUCCUUGACCCGACCCUACGCCAAUAUGGGGGAUACACGUCGCUGGUGAAGCUGCUGGGGGAACCCGUCUUCCUGCCUACGUCGAGGUUGCGGAGGGCACCCUCGAAGCCGACAUCGUUGAAUCGCAGCAAGUCCUUUUCCAAGGAUCAGAAGGUGGAUUUGAGAAUGAAGCUCGGAGAACUGGUCGAUACCGAGGGGAGAUAUGUGUUGAAGCUGAACGAGCUGGUGAAGCACAUUGCCGACGACUUCAGACAAUCUGCGAGACACCGCGACCCCGCCAGCCUGAGUCCCUCGGAGGAGGAGCUCGAGAGGCUGUUUCCCAGAUCCGCCGAUAGGAUAUUGCAAGUCAAUUCGGCAUUUCUGCAAGAGCUGCGCGAUGUCAUGGACGAAACCGAGGAGGAGGCCGUCAAAGACAUGGAAGUGACGACUGUCGUGUUGACAGGAUCAAGAAUGGGGUCCCCCUCCAAGUCGAAGGAUCCCAGCGGCGCAUUGGCAAUCGCGAGGGUCUUCCUCGAAUGGUUUCCCAAAUUCACCGACUGCUACCAAGACUACAUCCGUGCGAGCCAGCAUUUUCCCACGCUUCUCAACUCGUUCCUGGACCAGCAAUCCAGCUUUCGUCAACGCGUCCUCCAGACCGGCGAGCAGACCGUCCGCUCCAUCCUCAUCGAGCCCGUGCAGCGUCUUCCGCGAUACAGUCUACUCAUCGACCAAAUCGUUACCUGCCUUCCCAUGACACAUCCGGCGCUGCAGCCGAUGCUGAAAGCGCGCGACAUCAUCACAAACAUCUGCUCGAUGGACGAGCCCAUCCCCGAUAAGCCACAAGUGACGAAUCGCCUGCGCAACAUGGUUGAGAGUUGGCCUCUUGAUCUCGAGCCUCGAGGAAGACUCAUUCUAGCGGCCGACUUCGUCGAGCUUCCUGCGCCCUACCAAAUGUUGGAGCCACCAGAGCUGGCGGACCGUGCGGGCAUCUUUCUCCUAUUCUCGGACUGUCUGGUCAUUCUGAAGAAGCUGGGUUCAAGGCCGAUGACCGGCAAAGACCUUCUGCGUGAAAUCGAUAAGCCCUCAGCAGCUGGGCUUCUCCUAUCCAUGACUAAUGCUGCCGGUGGUCAGCCUACUUACGAGCUCGCAUUCACCGGCUGGCAUGGCCUUGCCGAUGUGCGCUUCACCGAGUCGACGGACGGCAGGCUUAUCUGGAUGACUUCGACACAAGAGAUGAAGGGAGCGCAUGCUGGAGAGUGGGUCACAGGCACUGCGGUCACGUCGAGGUGUUUUCUGCUUGAGGAGUCCUUUACGCGGGCGUCAAAGUGGACGGAAGAUAUCGUCAAAGCCCGCGUCGAGGGUCGCUUUUCGGAAAAGGAGCGCGAGGACCCCUCUUGGACUCUGCGCUCCAUCAGGAUGCCGGACAACAACAACUUUGGCAUCUUUGCCGCCGUCUUUCAAGAAGGCGCUGACCAACUGAUCGAGGGUCGAAGGGAGCCUGCGCCGAUCCGCGUCGUCAUCGACUACGAGAAGGGCACCAAGGGCGCUCCGAUCGGCCAUUACGGAGUCGAGAUCACUGUCAAUGUCAAGUGCGGCGACCUCAAGAAGGUAACGAUGGUGACUGCCGGUUUGAACGGAAAGCAAUUCUCGGACGAUGUGACGUUGGAUGACUUUUUGCCAACGCUCACCCGACGAAUUAUUCAGCUACUCAGCAUGCAGUUCAGCGUGGCAAACAUGCGACUGGCGCCUGCGCUGGUCUCCUACUAUACCAAAGUCCUCAAGGGCCUCCCUCUCAUGACGAGAGCAGAGAAGACGAGAUCCUUUCUCGCCUCAUCACCCGUCAAGGGGCUCUUCUCCAGCAUCUGGGGCGGCUCCACCAAUACCGAAGCACACAGCCCGCCCAAGCACAGCCGAACGCCAGUGACCAACGUCUUUCCGCCGCCGGUCUCACGACCUACCAGCGAGGCGGGCUCUGUGUUCGGUUCAGCCAAAGGCAGAGACGCCAUCAAGAUGGGAGGGGAUGACCGCCCAGAAAACCCGCUCGUGCGGUUGGAACAGACAUUUACUGGAUACGUUGCUAGUCUGCAGGCACGCAAGGGAAGCAUCGUUGGCAGAAUGCUCUUGAACCGGUCCGUGGCCGAUGAGCUUCUGGUCAACGAACUUUACAACCGGCUGAUCGAGAGUCCCUUUGACCUCGACGCUUCCUCCGAGCUGGGCGCAGAUGUGAUCUUCGUUGCGUUCGAGAAGUUUAUCCGCAUCGCAUGGGGCGAGCAGAUGGGCCCCAUCAUGACCAAGCAAACCCUGGACACGUUACUCGAGCGAAUGAACCGGCAGGUUCCCGGCAACUUUGCCGAUUUUGUCAAUUUCAUCUUUAAAGAAAUGGCGCCGCAGAACCAGAGGGCGUUCACGGCUCUGAUCAAACUGCUCGCCGAUCUUCUCGAUGGCUGCGGCAACGAUGGUGAUAGAGGCAUCCUGACAGUGUCGUUCGCUGAGCUCCUUGUCUCGGACGGCACGGCGCAGAAUUACAUCAACCUACUGGACCGCCUCGUAGAAGAAUGCGACAGGAUCUUUGACGAUGCUGGCUUUGGCGUCAACCUCACCGUUCAGCAAGCGUUUGAGUCGAUGAAUUCUCGUAGCGGGAAGUCGCACAAUGGUUCGCUCACAUCAAACACAUCUUCCAUCCGGCGCAAGUUCGGCUUCGACUCUCUGCUCCGGCAGAACAGCAAGAACGACUCUUCGGAGCGUCCAUCCGUUUGGCGCACGCUCAGCAAACACGGUCGUCACCCAGCCUCUGCCGAUGCGGCCUCGAGUUCUAGUCUAUCGAAGAUGACAUCAUCGCGGGCAAGGUCCAUCGACUCGGGCGCGCAACCCGGACCUAACAAGCUGAGGCGGCCUGGUUCCCGAGAUAGGCCGCCCAUCGCCGGCGCAUUCGACGAGGACCCGAGGCCGCCCAGCUCGCAGCGACUCGAUAUGCGCCUGGAGACAAUCGGGGAGCCCGACGUCGAGGCGACGCCCGUCAAGUCUUCCAAGAAGAAGCGCCGAAGCUCGCUGUCGGACCUGAGAGGCCUUCUAGAGGCAGCUAUCAUCACGGACCCCCGAGAGCAAAUCGAGGAAGCCUUGAUGCCGUUGCGGAUAAACAAACAGACGUCAGAGAAGUUCAACUCGACGCCACGGGUACCGUCGCCCUCUAGGAUACCGAUAAGUCCGACGUCCCAGAGCCUGCGGUCGCCUCGCAUGGUCUCGCCUCGCCAAAAGGAGAACCCAAGCCUGCCAGAGAUGUUCUCACCACCUCCGCCCGCGCCCCCCGACCGCGAAAACACGCCCAGUCGCACGCCCAAGGGACAUGCUAGAGGUCUGUCUACGUCCAACAUUCCAACUUUGAGACCCAGUCGGCCAGUGGGAUCUCAAUCCUCUGACUCAGUUCCGCGGCCUUCUACGAGUCCCGGCAAGCCCCCAGGCAGCGGCAAGCUCCGUCUGCAGUCGCCUCAAAAACUCCGUGAGCGGCUGCAGACGGAGAAAAAAGCGAUAGAGGACGUCGACGCGUCGCUGCAAUCAGAACUCUCCAAGAUCGCGGAGGAAAUGUCGCGGGUCAACUCGGGACUCGGCACGCGCACCAACACGUUAGACCUCCGCAAGCUCACGGCGUCGGUCAAGACGCUCGAGGAGCGGAUCCCGAGUAUGAUGGCGGAGCUGACAGAUCGCCAAUCCAUGAUCCAGCAGGACAUGGAGAGCACGCUCAAGGCGUCAGAGACCAAGGUCAAGAGCAUCGACCAACUGUACAGGGAGUCGACAGCGGAGAACGAGCUCAUGUACGAAAAGUUCAACAGCGAGCUCGGCAAGAUCGUCAAGGCGCUCAAGGGCAAAGGCAGAGAGGACAAGGAGGAGCUCAUCCGAAGCCUGCGCGAACACAGCGAGGAGACGGCGCGGGUCAAGAAGGAGAACGCGCGUUUGAAGCGAGAGCUCGUCAGUCUCCGGACGUUAAUGAAGGGCGCUGACGCGUGGGCAUGAACAGACCAAAAGCCGGCGUAGGGCAGAAAAGGUACAGAAUGUGAGUGCGUGUGUGUUGUGUGCGCGCGCCGCCCUCGCGGCCGUGUGUACAAUAUAGUGGGAAUGGACCUGUGGCGUUUUUGUUUUGUUUUCGGAGGUUUAUUUUGGGGGAGGAUCAUGCGAUGCGAGCGAGUCCGGGUUUCGGUUGUACAAACUCACUGUUUACCGGACUGAUUUGUUGUCUUUUUGCACACGAUACCGGCCCAUCAACAGGCUGGGAGAAGGAUUGACUGGGCCUGGGCAUGCUGGUGGAUAGCAGAGCAGGCAGGUCGAUAGAUAGUCCAGAUGGACAUAUGGGAUAGGAUGGUUAUUUGGCUUCGACUGUACUGACGGACAAAUGGAUGGAUGGGCAGAUGAACGGGAGAUGAACGGGAGAUGAACGGGAGAUGAACGGGAUGUGGUAUGUUGCACGUAAUGACGUGUGUAGAGGAUACUCUCGUUGUGGACAGUACGGCGGCUACGGCCUGAACAGAAUCUGUCAUUGAAUGUGUGUAUAGUGCCUAUCGUACGGACUGGAUGAAUGGAAGCAAGAUGAUGCACUCACCUCUCCGACAGUGGUGACAUGACAAAAUGAUGUGAGCAAUCCAAGUUGGGACGGGGUUUUUUUUGUUUUGGUUCGAGGGACCGAUAGGAUGCUAUUGUGUCCAAGCGUAUGAUAUGUGGCAUGGACUGAGGGAUAGGCUCUUCUUGGUGCGUUCCAGGACGGCGGGAUCAGGAACAGAAUACGGCGGUGAAAAAGGGUGACGGACCCGGGCCACGUGCAAGUGUUUGUCACGUCCCGUCACCGCUUCCAUCCAAGGACGCCUCCGUCUCU